CCAGUUUCAUCUCACAGAAUCCACCCUUAGCCCCAAAGACAACCAGAGACAAAAUGGCAUUUGCAGGUAUCCUGAAUAAUGCUGACGUCACUGCUGCCCUGCAGGCCUGCCAAGCUGCUGACUCCUUCAACUACAAGGCCUUCUUCGCCAAGGUCGGCCUGUCCUCCAAGUCUGCCGAUGACGUCAAGAAGGCCUUCGCUGUCAUUGACCAGGACAAGAGCGGCUUCAUUGAGGAAGAUGAGCUGAAGCUGUUCCUGCAGAACUUCUCCGCUGGUGCCAGGGCUCUGACUGAUGCUGAGACCAAGGCCUUCCUCGCAGCUGGCGACACCGACGGCGACGGCAAAAUCGGAGUUGAUGAGUUCGCUGCCCUUGUGAAGGCUUAAGUGCUCACUGGCUGUAGUUUUUGGAGUUGAUGAGUUUGAUGCUGUGGUACCAGGUUAAAUGACAACUGACCAGAACCUCUUGCUGGAAAGAAACAAACACUGCCUGAAACCUCAUCUCAGUCAAGCUGAUUUUUCCACACACAAGUUUUAUAUGUCUGCACAUCAUCUGCUCCCAAGCUGCACUCUGUCCAAAAAGACUGCAAAUGUUCCAUGGUUGGUUUUUUUUUUGUGUCGUGGACAUGGAUUUGGCGUACUGUACAAUCUGUGAUGCACCUUUUGGGGAAAAGAUGGUGAGGAAAGAAUAAAUGUUCUUUUUCA